AUGGAAGAAGCAUUGCGUCGUCUUAACGGAGUCGCACCAACUCAAGAACCCGACGUCGUUUCAGACCCUCACCCCAAGAAGUGUGCUGCCAAGCGCACCUUGCGUGACACCGCCAACUCCGGCACCGCCAUGCGUUACCGUGGAGUUCGCCGCCGCCCCUGGGGUCGCUACGCUGCUGAGAUCCGUGACCCGCAAUCUAAGGAGCGGCGCUGGUUGGGCACUUUUGACACGGCGGAGGAGGCUGCCUGUGCCUACGACUGCGCCGCCCGAGCCAUGCGCGGUGUCAAGGCCCGCACCAACUUCGUCUACCCUGACGCGGCUGAUCCCCACCUCUUCCAUCCCUUUAACCUCCCCAAGCACUGCCACGUCAGCAGGUUUCCCCAUAACACAAACUUGGGGAGUGACUUUCCUGCAACUUCCCACAACAGCUCUUCUUCCUCUACUUCCUCUCUCAACAUGCUUCUCUUUCGUGACUUCCUUAACUCUUCUUCCAACCCCUGUCUGCUUUCUUCUGCUUCCAAUCAGCAGUUUCAUAACAGUAAAUCUCCUACUUAUGUCAACACUUCAUCUUCAACUCUACCUCCUACUGCUACUAACUAUCUCCACGGCUGUUGUGUCGGCAACGCUGAUAACUACCAAAACACUGUUGGUGCCAAUCAUGGAGUUGAGGUAGCUGAUGUUAUUGAUGAAGACUCCGACUUUUUCCCUCGUGAGUCUUCGGAUUCUGGGCUGCUGGAAGAGAUAGUUCACAAGUUCUUGCCCAAGUCGAAGCCAAAAGUUGAGACUUCGACUUUGAAUCAGUCUCUUCCCGAGUCGGUUCCUCAACAGAUAUAUGAUCAUGUGGUUGUUUCUGCUAGCAAGGGUUAUGGUGAUUCCAGGAUGAGGGUUCUUCCCAAGGUCGAAGGUUUUGGUGUCUGUCAUGAUUCUCCCAUGCAACAAUUUGAAGCUCUUAGUGGCUUUAAUGCCAUGCAGGGUAUGACCUCUUUCCAGAGAGACAACCAGUUUAUGUUGAACCACAUUCCAGGGUUCUCCAGCAUUGAAGAUUAUCUUCAGUAUCCCGAACUUUUGAAUUCCUUUGCGACCAGGAUGCAAAAUGCUUAA